UCGCGCGAUGGCGUCGCCGGUGUUCACCAAUCUUGGUGACGACCAGGCCGAAGCAAAGGAGCAUAUGCUGAGCUUAUAUUUCAGCCCAGAGUUUUACAGUCUAGUGCAACGAGAUAUGCUACCCGGCAUGCAGGGCAACCACAUGUGGUUGAUCGCUAUGGCUACCCUACAUGCUGGUGAAUGGCGUCACCUCAGUAGGAAUACUUCCCAUUCAGUAGUGGCGGCCUUCGCACGUGCUUUACGGAAGGAUCCGGAAGUUACUUUCCAUGCGUUAGACGAAUUGCUAACGUAUAUGGCCAUUAGGGCCUUGUUGAAAGUAUUUUUGGCUGAAUCUCGCGACGCGCACACUGCAGCAGCAACGGAAGAGUUUUCGGCUGACAACUUCGUGGCCUCUCUCAGAGAUACGAUGGUAGCCCAAACCGAGAGUUUUCUUGGGGAGCCUGGGGUUACCCCUUUAUCGCGCAACGAUGUAGAAACGCGUAACUCUAAUGCAGGGCUUGAAACAGCCUGUGAUCGCACGGCCGUAUUUCUGGCAGGGCAACGAGAUGGAGCAUUGUACACGCCGUCUGAUGGUGGACGGGCGGGAUCGUCGGAUGCAGCUGUCGAGACCAGCAAGGCGUUCAGAUGCUGCGGCAACUCAACCGGAUUAUGGGAUGCCAGGCUCAGCAGCAGGAGGUGGAGAUGCCCCACAAACUGA